UUUCUUUUUUGCUAACAAUUUCUUUGUAAUGUCUUUUUUUUUUUUUUUUUCAAUGUUGUUAAGCUUAUGGAUAUAUUUUAAUUUUGGUUAUUAUAUUUUGGCAUGUCUUCUAUGAUGUUAAUUACCAUGGUUGUAACUAAGAACCACAUUCUUUACAAUCAAGUUCAAGACUUGCAAGGUAGAGUCCUUGUAAGGAAAUGUGGGUGUAGGAACAUAUGCUAAUUGAAGCCAACAAUGCGUUGAAAAGGAAGGUACAAAUUCUCAAAUGAACCUGGUCUUUUCUUUUAGAUUGACAUCCUGUGUUAUAGGAAGUGGGUCUGGUCAGCCUAGUCCAAAGGCCAUUAACAGGCCUUCUAAGUCCAGCUUGGUUAAAGGGGAUUUAGGAAUUUGAGUUGUAUUAGUAGUAACAUCGAUGAAGAAAAACUUCAUGCUAGAUUUCUAUUGCAUACUAACUGUCAAAAUUGAAGAAAAUUUUGGCUUAGUUGAUCAGAAUAUGGAUCCCAGUUGCAGUAGUUUUCAAUAAGUUUUCCCCUUGUCAGCAGCAGAAAAACUGGGAUCAAAAUCCAAAACCCACCAUAUGGUGGAUACAAAUUGGUAUAACAAGUCUUACUAAAUCUUGAGGAAAGUUCUUUAGAUGGUGGAUUUGUUACUAAAUGGAACCCAUUUGAUGGGUCUUGACAUGGUUUCUUGGUGGUCAUUGCAAGUCAUUCUUUAGAAUUGCAUUCAAAUUUUACAGGUUUGAGCUUCUACUCUCUCAUAAUAUACCUCUUGUUUUUGGUUUUUUAUUGUGACAACAAAUUUCCAAGUACAUUGAUGAGAACUAUAAAAAUUUCCAGAAUUUUCUCAACUUCCAUCUGAUAAUGUGCCGGUCGGUUUCAGUUGUGGUUAUGGUUGGGCAGGUAAUCCUCUCUGUUUUCAGAAUAAGGCUAUUUUUUUUUACAUCUAUACUUAUGCAGCCAUCAUACCUCUUCAAAUUAUGAACUUGUUGUGUUGGAAAAAUCAACAUUUGUAUACUCUUGUUUCAAUUCCAAUUCAAUCAAAAAACAGUUCCAUUAGAAGGUCAAGAUUUGGUGUAUGCAGAAUUGUUAUAGAUGAGACGCUAGGUUGCAGCCAGUCGGUUCCUUUGGAUGAUUGCAGCUCAAACCUGAUAAUCACCCAUCUUGGUUGGGGGUGCAGCUGAGCUAUGGUUGAUCUUUUGGGGCAUUGGGGUAGAGAUCUCUCUCUUUGUGGAUGGAUAUAUAGUAGGAUAGUCUCCUACUUCAUGCUAAGUAAGCACCCUCUCCCUCUCACAAAGAUAUAUAGUAGGUUGUCAAACUGCCCAAGGUAAGCCUAUUUUCUUUCUUUCUCCUUUUAUUAUGGUGAAAUUCCUUCAUAUUCAGCAUGCUAGAAAAAGUUACAAAUCUUCUGUUUGUUAAAUAGAGAAACAAUUCUUCUUUCCUUAUAAAGGCCUGCAAUAUUUGGAAUGGUUGUGGUGUGUAUACAGGGGCUUGACACAAUGGUGGGUGAACAUGGAACUCAGCUAUCUGGGGGACAGAAGCAAAGAAUUGCAAUUGCAAGAGCCAUUUUGAAGAACCCACGAAUCCUUCUUCUUGAUGAAGCAACAAGUGCACUGGAUGCUGAGUCUGAACGCAUCGUCCAAGAUGCUGAGUCUGAACGCAUCGUCCAAGAUGCACUAGUAAAUGUAAUGGUAAAUCAAACUACUGUAGUUGUUGCACAUCGUUUGACAACUAUCAGGAAUGCAGAUAUCAUAGCAGUGGUUUAUCAGGGGAAAAUCGUUGAGCAAGGAACUCAUGGGGAGCUGAUCAAGGACCCUGAUGGAGCUUACACUUAGCUAGUUCACCUGCAAUAAGGAAACAGUCAAGCUGGAAUUGGCCUAUGUGUUCCAAAACUUUCAGCAUGCCCCACAUUCUUUUAUAUUGGAUAUGUGGGUUUUGUAGUUUUAUGAUUUUAAACAUUAUAUCACGGGUUAUUUAUAUAAAUUUGAAGAAUGCUUCAGUUGUGUUGAGAGAAUGGAAAAAGAAUUAAGAACUUACUUAGGAUAUUUAUAUCAUGGAUGGGCAACAAUUAUAUAUAUAUAUUCUUAAAAGCAAAAUUAAUUUCUUUCCUAGUUUAGGGAAAAUCCUACCAGGAAAUGAAAUAUAUUAAAACAAAUAUUUGUAAUGCUUAGGAAAAACUCAUGGAUAACAGGUCUUCUUGCUCACAGUGGAAAUGAGGGCUGACGAUUCUGCCUUUUUCUUUUUCAGGUGGGAAUUGAGCUAGUUCCAAGGGAUUUUGAUAUGGAUUCUCCAUACCCUUUCCAAAAACUUGACGUUAUUAGCUUGGUACUAGUGCAUAAG